UUCCUUUCUGCUGCCAGCGCCUCCUCGGCACCAUGUCUCGAAGAUACGACUCCAGAACUACCAUAUUUUCUCCAGAAGGUCGCUUGUACCAGGUUGAGUAUGCAAUGGAAGCAAUUGGACAUGCAGGUACUUGCUUGGGAAUUCUGGCAAAUGAUGGUGUUUUGCUAGCAGCAGAGAGACGCAACAUUCACAAGCUUCUGGAUGAAGUGUUUUUCUCAGAGAAAAUAUACAAACUUAAUGAGGAUAUGGCUUGCAGCGUUGCAGGAAUAACUUCAGAUGCCAAUGUUCUAACAAAUGAACUCAGACUGAUUGCACAGAGGUAUUUGUUACAAUAUCAAGAGCCAAUUCCUUGUGAACAACUGGUAACGGCACUGUGUGAUAUCAAGCAGGCUUACACACAAUUUGGAGGAAAACGUCCUUUUGGUGUCUCACUGCUGUAUAUCGGCUGGGACAAGCAUUAUGGAUUUCAGCUGUAUCAAAGUGAUCCUAGUGGAAAUUAUGGAGGGUGGAAAGCUACGUGCAUUGGGAAUAAUAGUGCU